UAUCUCCAUAUUCAUCAGGCCCUCCCAGAAUUGCUGACAAAGUGAUCCACCGGCAAUCUGUGAGAUUAGGAAGAACAAUCAAGCUGCUUUGUCCAGUGGAGGGUGAUCCGCCUCCUCUCACUAUGUGGAUGAAAGAUGGACGAACCAUCCAUAGUGGAUGGACAAGAUUCCGAGUCCUCCAACAAGGGCUGAAGAUCAAGGACGUAGAAAGUGAAGAUGCAGGAACAUAUAUCUGCAAGGCCACCAACGGUUUUGGCAGCAUGAAUGUAAACUAUACCCUCAUUGUGAUUGGGAGAGAUGAUGCCAGCUCAGGAAGGGAGAGCUUAGCAGCUGAAGGUCCUAACAGUGAACCAGAAGAUCAUUCUGGAAAACUGUGGGCUCGGCCUAGAUUUACUCAGCCUGCCAAGAUGAGACGGAGAGUGAUUGCUCGACCAGUGGGGAGUUCAGUCCGGCUGAAAUGUGUUGCUAGUGGGAAUCCUCGGCCUGACAUCACCUGGCUGAAAGACAGCAAGCUUCUUACCCCACAGGAGAUCGGCGAGAAUAAGCGGAAGAAAUGGACACUGAAUUUGAAAAACCUGAAGCCUGAGGAUAGUGGGAAAUACACUUGCCGGGUCUUCAACAGAAUUGGGGAAAUCAAUGCUACCUACAAAGUCGAAGUAAUCCAGAGAACAAGAUCCAAGCCAAUUCUUACAGGAACGCACCCUGUGAAUACAACAGUUGACUAUGGAGGGACAACCUCAUUUCAGUGCAAGGUGAGAAGUGAUGUCAAGCCUGUCAUUCAGUGGCUGAAGAGAGUGGAGUAUGGCACUGAGAACAAAUACAAUUCCACCAUCGAUGUUGGGGGACAGAAAUUUGUGGUGCUGCCCACAGGGGAGGUCUGGUCACGUCCUGAUGGCUCCUACCUGAACAAACUCAUGAUCACUAGAGCCAAAGAAGAGGAUGCUGGGAUGUACAUUUGCCUAGGUGCCAACACCAUGGGAUACAGCUUCCGAAGUGCAUUUCUCACUGUGCUGCCAGAUCCCAAACCACCCAGUCAACCAGUGGCUCCUUCCUCUGCUAGCAAUCUCCCAUGGCCUGUGAUCAUUGGGAUCCCUGCAGGAGCUGUUUUCAUCUUUGGAACCAUCCUUCUGUGGCUCUGCCAAACCAAGAAGAAGCCGUGUUCUCCUCCUUCAUCCACUCCUCUACACAGACCUCACCCCCGGGACCGAGUCUGUGUGCCCCAGGUUCCAGAUAAAGACUGCAUCUCCUCCAUAAACUAUGAGGAAUAUGUCGUGCAGCAACAACAGCAGCACUUGCUAGCCCAAGGGCCAGCCCUGGCUCCAAAUGUGGCUUCCAAAAUGUACCCAAAGAUUUAUACAGACAUCCAUACUCACACUCAUUCACAUGUGGAGGGAAAAGUUCACCAGCACCAGCACAUUCAUUACCAAUGCUAAGAGGCAGCCAUGUUUGGGUGCUUAUCUUGUGGUACUACAGACAGAUAGAUACUGUUUUGGGUCAGCUUAUACUGCCAAUGUGUGGGGAAGGAAACCAAAUUUAAAUUAAACCAAAAAGAAAAAGAGAAAGAGAAGAUAAAUGUGGAGUAAAACAUUUAUUUGUUUGUUUGAUUUUACUGUGACAAGGAAAAAUGAAGGAAUUUCUAGGGUGAAAGACAGCAACUUGUAUCCCUCUGAGAAAUCAGAAAGGUCCAUUGUACAAGCAAGAGGAAGAAAGGAAAGGAAACCAAGGUCUGGUCACCUUCUCUUUCUGUUGCUGCGUCUGCUCUGGAGCCACCUGAAAAUGAGCAAGGCUCCCAAGGCUUUUUCUUUUGGAUCAUGCACAAAAGAACUUUUUCCUUCAAUGGAAGUGAAAGCAAGAAGGCACCAGAGGCCCAAAGCCAAAGCAACACAGACACAUCAGAGGGUCUUGCAAAGAGGGAAAACACCAUCUUGGCUAUUUCCAGGGGGAUGGAGAAGGGUAGUUGUAAUACUGCCUGCGAGUUAGGAGUAAGAAAGCUACUCAUGAAUGGGCAUCCCUCUUUCACUUAAGGGCUUUUUUCAAAACCUUCUAAGGGCUUUACAUGCUCCCACCCCACCUCCCGGAGCUGCCACAAAAACAAAGGACAUUUUACAUCUCAUGUUUAUGUUUUUAUUUAAUUAUAAUAAUGCUAAUAAUAAUUGAACUGCUGAUUUUUAAAAAAAACAAAACCUAUCAUGUUCCCCUUAAAUACCUGUCAUCGGAUUUUCAUAGUUUAUAGUGGUAAAACUAUGAGCUGACAAAUGACAACACAAAGCAAGAUAAAAACAGUUUUUAAACUAGAAAGGCUAUAAUCAGUCUCCAGGGAAGAAUGAAUUUGCUGAAUAUGCACUUGUGGGCAUGGGGGGAGGCGGGAGGAAGGGAAUAGAGCUUCACUUUGUGAAGUAAAUCAUGCAGUCUCAUUUCAGUUCAGUUUUGGGGAAGGGAUUAACAAAACUGAACCAUAGUAAAUAUCCCAUUGGCGUAGAAGUGAAGUCAGUCAAAGGUCUAAACCUUUUUAAUUCUAUAUAGAGUUUAACAGAAGACAUGUAUAUUUAAUUUAUUUUGUUAAAACAAAAAGAAAAAAAUGUAUGAUAUUUUCCUCAAAAAAACAACCAAGCAUUUCUAUACAUAUUUUGGUCAAGCAAUAAAAAAAAUUCCAGGUUGCUAUAGAUGUCAAGUUCUCAAAUAUGAGAAAUGUAGCUGUUGACAAUACUUUAUUUAGCAUCUUGAAUGUCAUAUAUUUGUAUGGAUUGUUAAAAUAGGUAUCUGUUACUCUUCUUUUUCUAGGCUACUCUCCUGUGGUCUUUUCUGCCUUUGCCCUCAAAAAAGGUUGUUCCUGAAAUCUUAUGUUUGUACAAAAGCAAGCAUAGAUUUGUUCCCAGUCUAACAGCUGACUAUGCACAGUCCAGAUAUUAGGGGCUUUUUGAAAUGGUCACUACAAGGGUGAAUGAGAUGUUAGAAGAGGUAAUAUAUUCACUAAUGUUUAAUGAUAUCAGUCUUGGAACUGCCAACCACCAGAUAAUAGCUCAAUAGUGCUUAAGUUUAGUACACUAAAGUUAUGCAGUGGUGGAGAGAGAGCCGCAUUCUUUGGAACUCUCCAAAUGAUUGUCAGACAUGGAUAGUUUUCCAGAAGACACCCUGCCCCCUCUUUUUUUCUUUUUUUGCAUAGGAAAUGUGCAAACAUAGUUCUUGUGUUGGAGAGGAUUCAUCUAGUUGUCUGGGUGGUGUGGGAUCCACAAUAGCACUUCUGUUGUAUAACUAUUCUGUUUCUCCAGGAUUCUAGGGCCAUUUUGUUUUUUGGGGAAACAUGAUUUUCUCCAUGAUAAAUUAACCUUGGAGGGCUGUGUGAAAUGUGGUGCCUGCAUGGCCACACAGGCCUCUUGAUAACCCCCUGUGUCCUGAUCCAUCCUCUCCUGCCCUUCAAGGCCAUCUCAUGUUGUGGUUUUUCAGUGAUUGUUUUGAAAGCUUCUGUGCUCUUUUGCUGCAUAUUUCCAUAAGUGAUGUUCACUUGGGUGACUGUUGCUUUACCAGGCUCAUCAGCACCACUGCUCAUUUGAAGGUUCUGCCUUCUCCCUGUCGCUUCUCAAAGCACCAAAGACAGUCUCCAUCUUUUAAAAAGCUCUGGCUAAAAGGCCAAUGGUGCUUUCCUUUCUCAACCUAGCAGCUGCUAGUAUCCAUUCUGUUUGUUGAAUGGACAGCAGAGCAACUAGUGAUGAGCAGAGCCAGGGUGACCAGCAAACUCAAGAGCAAAAUGGGAAUACAUACACACAAAAACACACAGGCACACACGCAAAGACAGGCAGGCAGGCAUUCACUCAGGCUGGGAAGAGGGAUUAGCUAGAGACUGAGGUAGUGCCCCAUCUUCCCUAAUGGACCAGCUUCUGCUGCCCCUACCUGAGCAGGAGAUCUUCAGUGAAUAAUCCAAGAUCUGACCCUUUUCCAAAGGGAAAUACUUAUUUCCAGGCCAUGCUUACCAUUCAUCUCCUAAGCACAAACAGUAGGAGAUUGGAUUAGAGGUUACCAUGGAAAAGUGUGAUUAAAAUAUAUGUGUGAACCCUUCAAAACCUUUUAACUCUUACAACUAGAAAUAGAAUUUAAUGUAGAAUUUAAAUGGAAUGCAAUGCAAGAA